CUCAGAUCAACCACUCUACCUGAUCUUUCACUCUCUGGUUACCAUAGAAGAUUAUCGUUCCAUUUCUUCCCCCAUCCCUCAGUCUGCAAGAUGAAGUACACCGCCGCCCUCGCCGCCCUUGUCACUCUGGCCGCCGCCGCCCCCACCGACGGCAUCAUCGACAUCGGUGACGGCGUCAAGCUCGUGCCGCGCGAGCCCCGCGCCCACACUCGUCUGGAGCGCCUCCGCACCUUUCGCCGCGGCCUGAUGGAGGGUCUCGAGUCCGGCGAAAGGAACAGCAGCGAUGUGUCGUACGAUAGCAACUGGGCUGGCGCCGUCAAGAUCGGUACUGGCCUGAACGAUGUCACUGGCACCAUUGUUGUGCCUACACCCUCUGUUCCCAGCGGAGGCAGCAGCACGGCCAAGUACGCCGCCUCUGCCUGGGUUGGCAUUGAUGGAGACACUUGCACGUCUGCUAUUCUCCAGACCGGUGUGGACUUUUAUGCUGGUCGUGGUGGAGUCUCUUUUGAUGCCUGGUACGAGUGGUACCCCAACUACGCCUACGACUUCUCCGGUUUCUCCGUCUCUGCUGGUGACACAAUCGUCAUGACCGCAUCAGCCAGCAGUCUCAAGGCCGGCACCGUCACGCUCGAGAACUCGACCACCGGCAAGAAGGUCACCCAGUCCUUCUCCGCCGAGAGCUCCGAGCUCUGCGAGUACAACGCCGAGUGGAUCGUCGAGGACUUCGAGUCCGGCAGCAGCCUGGUCAACUUUGCCGAUUUUGACACCGUCACCUUCAAGGACUGCUCCCCGUCCGUCUCGGGCUCUACCAUCGUCGACAUCCGCCAGAGCCUCGAGGUCCUGACCGAGUGCUCUACCACCGGGACCACCACCGUCACUUGCGAGUACGUUGGUUAGAGAGAGAGUGUGUGUGUGUGUCACAACUCAUUGACUGAUGGACUAUUGUGGUGGCGUCCGUGGCCAACCUGGAAAAUCAGGGCGGGGCUGUGGUAGAGGUGAGGAUCUGGUUUGACCAGGCUACUAUUGCGUGCCAGUAGUUACAAGGCACUGCUUGCUGCACACACUGUGUUCACACUUGAGCAGAAGCUUGCCAAUUACAUUCUUACUAUCUGUACAUAUUAUCUAGUAUAUCAUGAUGCUAGCUGUACAGAAUAAACUUUUGAUAAUAUGACUUGUGGCUUCCUGGUG